UUUGACAAAUGACAACAUCUAAUUCUGAAUAUAGGAAUCAAAAUAUCUGAAACUGAAAUUUUAAACAAAACAAGUGGCUUAUAUGGUUACUUCCAUAUAUGAAACAUAACCCAGCACUUGAUUACAUAUGAAGUAAAAGUAAUAAUGUUUCAACGACAACAGUAACCUAAUAAGCACAAGUGUCUCUUAAUUUAAAGUGAUUUUAUUAACGAAAAUGUAUUAUCAAUACUACGUUUCGUUUGUAUUAUUGUUAACGCCUAAUAUUUUAUUCUGCGCGUCGGCUGCUGUUCACAGCCAUAGUUUAGAUGAUCCAGAGCGAGAAUCUGACGGCGCGUAUCGGCCACGAGAUUCUGAGCACUUUAAUGAUAUAGGACAUAAUGUUGAAUUCGACCAUGAAGCCAUUCUAGGAAGCGUAAAAGAGGCAGAAGAGUUUGAUAAGCUCAGUCCGGAAGAGUCAAAGCGGCGCCUUGGUCUGAUGCUGCCUAAGAUGGACCUUAAUGGAGAUAAGUUUAUUGAUCGAGAUGAACUUAAGAAGUGGAUUUUAAACUCUUUUAUUAAUCUUGCCAGAGAAGAAGCUGAGGAAAGACUAACAGAAGCAGAUGAAGAUGGUGAUGGCCUGGUGACAUGGUCAGAGUACCUUAGAGACUCGUUUGGGGUUGAUACUGAGGAGGAACUUAAUCCAGAAGACACAGGAGAUACUGGCAUGCAGUUAGUGCGUGAUGAGAAGAUAAUGUGGAAGACAGCAGACAGGAAUGGAGACGGAAAGUUGGAUAUAGCUGAAUUUGAGGUAUUUACAAACCCAGAGGAGCACUCAGUAAUGCACCCACAUCUAGUAUCUCAGGCUCUAAGGGAGAAAGACUCAAAUGGCGAUGGAAUGCUUGACUUCCAUGAGUAUAUUGGAGAGAGAGCUCAACACCAAGAUAAAGAAUGGGUGAUAACAGAGCGGGACAAGUAUGACCAUGAGCUGGACUCAAAUGGAGAUGGCUUACUUGAUGAACAUGAAAUACAUCGCUGGAUGAUACCAGAUAACAAUGAAAUAGCUGAGGAGGAAGUGUCACAUUUGUUUGCAUCCUCUGAUGAUGACCACGACGAACUCCUGUCAUUCGAGGAGAUACUUCAGCAUCACUAUGUCUUUGUCGGUAGUGAGGCGACAGACUUUGGAAACGAUAUAGAUCGAUUUGACGAUGAAUUAUAAGGAAAGGAAUUAGAAAAUAACACUUAAGUGCUUAUUUAUGUGUUUUACAAUUAAUAAUAUCUUUAAGGCGCCAAAUAUUACAUGUAUGUAAACUAAAUUAAAAUUCGAUUUUUUGUCACGUUUUUAAGUAAACCUUAAGAGAGCUUUUAAUUGAGAGUUUGAAAUUCUUGUAUGGGAAAUAUGUAAAUUAGUUUUUUAAAACUAUUAACACACAUUUAUCAAUAAGUUAAUAAAACACGGUUAUACUUCAGCAUAACCGUGUUUUAUAUUUCAUAUUUCAAUAUACCAUAUAAUUUGGCUAUAUGUACUGUAAACUUAAUACCGCCGCUUUUAAAAGUUCUGAUACGCACAAGUACUUAGUGGGCUUAAGUUGUAUGAUUUAUCUGUUUACUUAACCAUAAUGUUCAAAGAAACUAGUCAAUGUUACUAAUAACAAGUUAAAAUAAAGUAGUACCCAUAAGGUAUUUCAUACAUAUAUUUCACUUAUAUGUGAAACUCAUGGGUAUGUUGUUGAAUGCAGUUUUAGAUAGCGAAUCAUUUGGUUUUUAGAACUGACUCCAUUUUUCACUUUUUUUAUAUCUGCCAGUCAAUAUGAGUAUGUUUUGCCCUAUGCGGAAAAAGGAGUAAGCCGAAUUAUAUACACUAUGUAACCAAAUUAUAAACCAUAUAUACAGAGCUUGAAUUUGCUAAUAAUUAUUUUCAUUGAUUGAAAUAAUUUGACAACUAUGAUCCUGUUAUAAUUUCAUAUUUUUUAUAUUGUGGGAAUUUUCUUAAUCAGCUCUCCUAAAAUUGUGCCAUUUGAUUUAACAUGUAGUAACUACAAAUUAGUUUAAUUGAAUUAUUAUUUUAAAAUUAUAAAUAGUUAAUAAUAAUUUAACACACUAAUAUUAUACUUAAUGUAUUUGAAAUAAAACACAAAAAUCAUUUA